AUGAAUUCUCCGUUACUUAAUGCAGGUUGUCGACUUGGACCAUCAUGUAUUUCGCUACUUAGUCGAGUAGUAACUCAUCGAACGGCUACAACAGCAGCAUCGUUAGCUUCAUCACCAAACACAUCUGAAUCGCAUACAAAUGAGCAAAAGCCAAAAUUGAAGGAAAAAGUUGUUCGAACAGAUACAAAACCUCGAACAUCAAAUUCAUUUGUUUUAAAUUUAUAUCGUGGUCAAUUUCAGCCAGAUGAAUUAUUUCCAUAUCCUAAUGUACUUAAUGAAGAACAAAAGGAUAAUGUCAAAAUGCUUAUUGAUCCAAUAUGGAAAUUUUUUGAAGAAAAGAAUGAUGCAGCUAAAAAUGAUAUGAUUGAAAAAAUUCCAGAUGAAGUCAUGAAUGGUUUGAAAGAACAAGGUGUAUUUGGUAUUCAAGUACCUGUUGAAUUAGGUGGUCUUGGUUUAACAAAUGCACAAGCAGCACGUCUUAUUGAAAUUGUUACUGGUCAUGAUCUUGCUAUUUCAAUUUGUGUUGGAGCUCAUCAAUCUAUUGGUUUUAAAGGCAUUCUUCUAUUUGGUACGGAUGCACAAAAACAAAAAUAUCUACCAAAAUUAGCUGCUGGUGAACAUAUUGCAGCAUUUGCUUUAACUGAACCAGCAGCUGGUAGUGAUGCUAUUUCAAUAAAAACUAAAGCUGAACUUUCACCUGAUGGUAAACAUUAUGUUUUAAAUGGUUCAAAAAUUUGGAUAUCUAAUGGUGGUAUUGCUGAUAUAUUUACAGUAUUUGCACAAAUACCUACUGCUGAUGAUAAGACAGGUCAAGUCGAAAGUAAAAUGACAGCUUUUAUUGUUGAAAGAAAAUUUGGUGGUGUUACGAAUGGACCAGCAGAAAAAAAGAUGGGUAUUAAAGGAUCAAAUACAACUGAAGUGUUUUUUGAAGAUUGUAAAGUUCCUGUUGAAAAUGUACUUGGUGGUGUUGGAAAUGGAUUUAAAGUUGCUAUGAAUAUUUUAAAUAAUGGUCGAUUUGGUAUGGUAGUUGGUUUAUCAGGUACAAUGAAGAUGGCUAUUCGAAAAUCGAUUGAUUUUGCUAAAAAUCGUCGUCAAUUUGGUCGUACAAUUGAUACAUAUGGUAAUGUUCAAGAAAAACUUGUACGAAUGGCAAUGAGACAAUAUGUUACUGAAAGUCUUGGAUUUCUUUUGGCACAAAAUAUGGAUCGUGGAAUACCUGAAUAUCAAUGUGAAGCAGCUAUUGGAAAAAUUUUUGCAUCUGAAUCAGCAUGGUAUGUACUUGAUGAAGCAAUACAAAUUCAUGGUGGAAUGGGUUUUAUGAGAAGCUCUGGUCUUGAACGCGUUUUACGUGAUUUACGCGUCUUUCGUAUAUUCGAAGGUGCAAAUGAUAUUCUACGUUUAUUUGUUGCUUUUACUGGUUUACAAUAUGUUGGUUCACAUUUACGUGAAUUACAAAAUGCUGUUAAAAGUUUUAAUUUAAAUGCUAUUGUUGGUGAAGGUUCAAAACGUUUACGUCGAAAUAUUGGUAUGUCAACAGGUCCAAAUGUAAAUGAAUAUAUACAUUCACCACUUCAUCCAUCUGGUUUACUUUUAUCAAAAUCAAUUAAUCGUUUUGGUUCAACAAUAGAACAAAUUCUUAUGAAAUAUGGUAAAACAAUACGUGAUGAACAAUUUAUUGUUCAUCGUAUUGGUGAUAUUACAAUUGAUUUAUUUACAAUGGCAGCUAGUUUAUCACGUUGUACACAUUCAUUUAAAAAUCAAGUACCUACAGCUAUACAUGAAUCAAAUUUAGUUCGAAUAUGGUGUGAAGAAGCAUAUGAUAGAAUUAAUAAUAAUAUUAAUCUUAUUCAAAAUCCUGAAUUUAUUGCAAGAACAAAAUUAAUGGCACAAUUAGCUCGAGAAAUGGUUGAUAAAGAAUCAACUGUACCUGUUCAUCCAUUAGGUUUUUAA